AUGGCUCACAGCGGUGCCGCUUCAGUUGUUAAUGGCUUGACUGUGGAAAAAGAGGAUAAAGUGAAGACAGGCGCAAACACCAUUCUUAACCCGCCACAGAUAAAAAUGCGCCUCCUCCACACCGUAUAUUAUAAACACCUAUUGCUGACAAAUCGUGAUUAUACUGUUGGCCGGGUCAACGUUGAUUUCGUUAUGCUUGAUCCCUCAGUAAGCCGUCUACAUGCCAAACUUCGGAUUUCGUAUCCUGAGGAAGCAGUUGAUGCCGGAAGUCACAUGGCGCCAGUUCUGGAGAUUACGGAUGUUUCGCGUUUCGGAACUUUUUUAAAUGGGAGUAGGAUUAUUAGAAAUGUAGCUACGUCAGUUCCAACCGACUCAAAAAUAACUUUUGGUGCAACGCCUGGUGUAACGAUAAAUGCUGAAGUAUAUCCUCUCAAUGUUCUUCUCUCCUCCGUCUCACCAUUGGCUAAGACAAAAGUUAGAGCCACUGUCCAUUCGUUGGGCGGCAAAGUGUUUUAUGAAUGGGCUGAGGAGUGUACUCUUCUUGUCAUGUCAAAGCUCGUUGUUACUCAUAAGCUUCAGCGUUUCCGUCUCUUAUUGGGUCUAACUAAUGCUAAAUUGGUCUGCAUCGCCGAAGCUUUAUCCGCCAGUCGACAGUGCUUUGUGGACAUUUUUGGCUCUAUUUCCGAUCCGUGUGUUUUGUACGAGGCGGGCAAUGCAGUUGCGGAGCAUGAUUUGGCGUACUCGGUUCUAAAGGAGACUUUCAACAGGCGCCCAAUUUUGGAGCAAGAAAUUGCUUUGGCUAUAAUCGAGUGUUCGUGUGAAACCUAUUGCAACACUACGUGCCCAUGUCCCAUCUCCAAUACGAGACAAAGCAUUGGUGGUAAUGCUAAAGUCGCUGAGGUUAAAGCCUCCAAUGUAAAGUGUUCGUGUGGGCAAGCUCCCUUGAUGCUACCGUCGACACUCUUCGAUAAACUCGGCAAGAGGUCUACGGAGAUUCCACGUGCUUCUGUUCCUGGUACUUGGGCAAGCAGUACCCAAAUCGUGGAAAAACGUUCUCCACGUUUGGGAAAAGGCAAAGACUCCGGUGUGAUUGUGUCCCAUUCUGUUUUCAAAUCGGAUCCCACCAACUCGAGGGAACCCGUCAUUGAAGGAGGUCUUGAAGGUGCGGUAACGAGCUCAAUAGACCUUUGUAUUGUCAUUAAAGAUGAUUCAAUGCUGGACGCUUUUGCUUCGAUGCCACCUCUUUCUUCGAUUCUCAAGGGAAAGAAGACACUGCCCUCCUACCAUGCAUCAAGCAGAAAUCCAAGCGAUGAGCACGACGUAACCAGAAAAUCAUGCGUGAAUUCAUCACCAAAUUCAGUGCUUGCAUCGAAGCUUGGGAAUCUCGGCGCUUCACGGGAUAUAGCAACAGAAGAAAAGGAGAAUCUGGCUCCAGAUACUUGCAACCCUUCGCGAUCAUCCCCGAUUAAUGAGUUUGUGUCCAAGGGAAAAAACAAAACGGUAACGAUUGAAGAUGAGGACGGCAAAAACGACAGUUUUGCCAAUGUUGACAAUAUUAAGGUGAGGGCGGAGGUAUGUACGUUGGUAACUGAUGCUGCUCUACCAGGAGAACCGUCAAGAUCUGAGUCCAAACCUGCGACUGCUGGUUUCAAGCGGUUUACAAAGGUAAUUUGGUCUCGAGUAUUUUUUUUACUGCGUUGGUAG